AUGUCCACAGACACUGACCUACAUGCUCUUCUUGAAGCUGCAGAGCGGAUCAGAUACAACGUAGUUGCUCUGCAGGAGACGAAGAGUAGAAGAAGCGACGUGCGAUGGACGAAUGACGUUACACUCGUCACUCCCAGAGAAAAGGCUUUAUCGCGAAAUGAGGACUCAAAAGUGGACUACGACGCGUUGUUCAGAGGACCGCGAGCCUGCGCUGAAGCCACGCAUGGCAAACUUGGAACGAAUUUCGAAAGCCACCGAGGAACUGUUGGAAGUAAGGAGGACUUUGAGGCUUGA